UUUAUUUAACCGAGUUGUUGCUGUCGGCUGACAUGUUGCAGCGUUUUCUGGGUGAGAGACGUCUCCGUUAGACGGCCCAACACCGAACUGGAAAGCUGACUGCUGCAGGAGCAAGAUGGCCGCCAAGUGACCCAACACUGCAGUGUUGCAGGAACCCCAGCUGGUCAGCAUGGAUCCUCCGGAGAAGAGAGGGAAGAGGCGGGACGCCGCGGCGCCAGACGCCGGCUACGCUUGGCUCAUCCUGCUCUCCUGCUUCUUUGUCUUCGGCCUGACCUUCGGUGUGAUCAAGUCGUUCGGUGUAUUUUUUGUUGAGAUCCAGCAGCACUUUGACACCACAGCAGCAGGAACAUCAUGGAUCACCUCCAUCGCCGUGGCGACCAUUCACAUGGCAGCCCCGGUCUCCUCCGCUCUGACUGCGCGCUUCAGCCAUCGCGCUGUGGUAAUCUCGGGCGGCCUGAUCUGCAGCGCCGCUGUCGCAUUCGGCACUUUGGCCCGCAGUCUGACUGAACUCUACAUAACUGUGGGUUUCCUAAACGGUUUCGGCUAUGCCCUCACCUGGACCCCCACCGUCACCAUGCUGGGCAAGUACUUCGACAAGAGGCGACCGGUCGCCAACGCCUUGGCGAGCGCUGGAGAAUGCAUCCUGACGUUCAGCCUCACGCCGCUGUUCCAGCUGCUGAUCGACAGCUUCUCCUGGAGGGGCGCGCUGCUCGUGCUGGGGGGGCUGCAGCUCAACUUGUGUGUGUGCGGCAUGCUGCUCCGGCCCCUGAGAGCCCCAACAGAUGCUAACGUUAUCAGGAAGGUCAAAGAAGAGGAGAGCCUCCAGAAAGGAGACCUGGAGGAAACCAAGCUGGGCUUUCGAUUGGAAAGUGAACUGAACGUUCUGGAAAUGCCCGAUCAGGAAACGGUGAACGAUUGUGCUGAAGUUUCUGAUGAGGUGUCCAGUGUGACCGGGAACUCUUCAUCCGGUCCAAAGAAGACCCAACUGAGGACUAGAGUCCAGCACUAUGUCGACUACACGCUCAUCACUAAUGGCCGCUUCAUGGUCUACUCCAUGUUCGGAGUGUUUGCGGCACUCGGGUUCUUCGCGCCGUCGCUCUUCCUGGUUCCGUACGCUCGCAGCCAGGGGUUGAGCGAGUACCAGGCGGCGGCCUUGCUGUCCAUCUCUGCAGUGCUUGACCUCUUCGGCAGAGUCUUCUUCGGCUGGGUGGCGAACCUGAGGCUGAUUCAGACGGUCCAGCAGCUCACCGCCACCGUGGUUCUGCUCGGCACCGUGCUGCUGCUGUGCCCGCUGGCCUCCACCUUCCCGGAGCUGGUGGCGUUCAGCGCCGCCCACGGCCUGGUGUACGGCGCCACGGUGGCCGUCCAUAUCACGGUGCUGCCGGAGGUGGUGGGCGUGGAGCGGCUGGGCAGCGCGCUGGGUUUCUUCAUGCUGAUCCGCAGCAGCGGAGGCCUGCUGGGGCCGCCCAUCGCUGGUUUCUUCAUUGACAAGAUGGAGAACUACGGGACGGGCUUCCUCAUGUCCGGAGUGGCCCUCAUUGUCUCUGCUCUGUUCCUCCUAAUUCUGCACCAGAUGAACCGGCGGAGUCAGAAAUCAGCCAACGAAGCUGCACUCACAGAGAAAAAGAGCUGGAAAAAGUGUUUCUGUUAGAGGGAACGAGCCAGACAUGAAGAACUCUGACUGCGGUUCAUGUUCAGCUCUAAUCUGGAUUCAGAAAUCAGCUGGUCAGCAGAGGUCAGAGCCAGUAAAUUAGGCCAAGCUAAUCAUAAUCUGCAGGAUCAUGUCUGUGGUCGGGAAUAGAAGAUAAACGCUGCGUAAGUCGGUAAAUAUUUAGGAUUCUUAUAAACUCAGCAUUUUUUAACAAUGCUUAGUAAAUAAUCGAAUCCUGGAAGUUUUCAUGGUCAUAACGGCACAUUCAGAUGUUUCCCAAUAACCAUGAAUAACCACUUAAAGAGAAAUAAAAUUACUACAACAAAUCAUCAUUACAAUAAAAUAAUAACCAGGUUUGAGUUUAUGUAAGUGAAACAAUACUAUUUCUAAAAUCUAACAUCAACUUUCAUCUGUCUGUAGUUUUUAUGAACAAGUUAAGUUUCAGGAGAACUUUUAACUUUUUUUUCUGGAGCUGAAAAAAAACAUUUUUAUGCGAAUUAAAAAAAAGAGUUUUGUUUUCUGUCGAUUUCAUUAAAAGUAUACAUUGUU